CUUUAAUGCACGUCUUGAUUAAUACUACUCCGUAUGAUGGUACGGAUUAAUUACUUCAUUGGUUUUGAUUUUUCAGCGCCUCUCACGUGCUUAUCACUCUCAGCUCAGCUCUCCACGUCAUUCCUAACCGCCGCCGGCUAUGAUCGGCGACGAGCAAUUUCAGGCAAUUUUUAUGCAUGAUCCAUCAAUGUCGAACCACAUAGGCCAGAACAGUGCAUCUCCAUUUGCUAACCAGGGAGUACAGAAUAGUAUUGCAGAUUCACCUGCCUACAAAGCGAAGAAACGUCAGGAUGCAUUAGAAGAGGCUGGUCUGAGAGUCAAGCACCAUGAAGAAAAUAUGAAGUUUUUAAAGACUAAGAAGAACAAAUUGGAUGAUUCGAUUAUAGAUCUACAAGUUGCACUUGGCAAAUAUCAUUCAGCAACCAGCCCUGCAAUUGAAAAUGAUGGUCUCUCCUAUGUACGGAGUGAGGAGGAAACAAUUGAACGGAUUUUAAAGCAUGAGAAAUCUGCAGCUGCGAUUUUCUGCCAACUGAAAACUCUUCAUGGCAUCCGGGAGUAUAAUUCUCCAAUAACAAAGGAUGUGCUUGGUGUUGUUGCCACACUUGCAAGAGUUGAAGAUGAUAAACUCAGCUGGGUUCUCUCAGAUUACUUGGGACUAGAGACCAUGUUAGCUGUGGUAUGCAAGACCUAUGAUGGUGUCAGGCUGCUGGAAACAUAUGACCAAGAUGGCAUUGUAAAUAAAGGCUUGGGACUUCAUGCACUUGGAUGGACCAUCGGGCGGCCUUUGGAUGGCAGGUUUCUUGCCAUCUGCCUUGAAAACUUAAGUCCAUUUGCUGGUGAUUUCAUAGCUGAUGACCCACAAAGAAGGCUUGAUCUUCCAAAACCCAAAUUACCAAAUGGGGAAUCUCCACCUGGUUUUCUUGGGUUCGCAGUAAAUAUGAUCAAUGUGGAUAGCACUAAUCUGUUUUGUGUAACGAGCAAUGGUCAUGGCCUAAGAGAGACCUUGUUCUAUCACCUCUUUUCACGCUUACAAGUGUACCAAACGAGGAUCGAGAUGCUUCGAGCUCUCCCAUGUAUAAACAGCGGGGCGAUCUCUUUGGAUGGUGGAAUUAUAAAAGGUGCUGGCAUAUUUUCCCUGGGAAGCAGGGAUGUAGAUGUGAAGUUUCCCAAGAAGUUUGGAAGGACAUAUCCGUCUCAGAACGUUUUCCAAAUUGAGAAAAAAGUUAAAGAAAUUAAAUGGGAAAGGGAAAGAAUUUCAGAAGACAUGCAGAGAGAACAAGCAUUGCUAGACCAUGUCAGGUUCAACUUUGAAGUAAAAAAAAUAGAGUUCAUCAAAAACCUUUCUCAGAGCUCAUCAUAUGCCACCACUCAAAUGCAGCAACUCCAGCUUUAGCAUUAGAGUUUUGAAGGAGUGGGUAAUAUCAGGAGUAAGAUUUUCUGGUGUAUACGAAGAUGGAAGCUCAACAGAUUUGUCUCUGCAACUAUAGGCUUCACCUUUGGUCUCUGCAUAUCAUCAAUUCAUCAUCAUUUUAUUUAUGUGCAUGUAUUUGUUGAAUAUGAUGGAAUAAAAAAAACAAUUCACUAUAUGUGUUUCUUUAUUAUGAAGUAACAAUUAGUCUAUGCAAUUUUCGACUUGAUUUUCAUCAUUAGUCAUUCAGAAAUAGUCUCUAUGUUUUAGCACAAUUGUACAAGGUAAGCCCGCUUAUAUCGGACCUUAACUUCACCAUAUGUUGUUGUUUCACGUUUAU